AUGGGUGAUCGAAGAAAGGAAAAGGAUCAAAAAUUGGGUGGAAUGUCAAAAGGAUCAGCCGUCGCAUCAGAGACAUCUGGUUCCCUUAAAGCCAAAGGGGGUGAGAAAAAACUGAAAAAGAUGAACAAAGUAAACCCAAGGGACAAGGAUAAUGAAUAUCUGAGCGAGACAUUGUCCAAAAAAGAGCAGAGAAAACUCAAGAAAUUACAAAAGAAGCCUGAUGUGAAUUUGAAGGUCGAUUCAGAAGAUGAAUCGGAUGAAGAGCAGGGUCCUGAUUUGGAGAAGCUUGCUGCUAGUGAUAAUGAAAGCGAUCUUGAAAGCGAUUCAGAUUCGGAAGAAGAGUCCGACUCAGAUGAUCAAGACGAAGAAUUAGAAGAAGAGGAGGAAGAGGACGAUGUUCCACUUUCUGAUGUAGAAAUAGAUUCUGAUGCAGAUAUCGUGCCCCAUACGAAAUUGACCAUUGAUAAUAAAGCUGCAUUGAGAGAAUCCUUGGCUAGGAUUGAAUUGCCAUGGUCAAAGCACUCAUUUCAAGAGCACCAGUCUGUUGUCAGCUCUGAGAAAACAGAGUCCCAAAUCAAAGACAUUUACGACGAUACUGAGAGAGAACUCGCAUUUUAUAAACAGGGACUUGAUGCCGUCACCCAAGCUAGAAUUUCUCUUUUGAAGCUCAAAGUCCCUUUAUCACGGCCGUUAGACUAUUUUGCAGAGAUGAUCAAAAGUGACGAGCAUAUGGACAAAUUAAAGAGCAAAUUAUUAAUGGAAGCCGCCGAUAAAAAAGCUUCAGAACAUGCUAAAAAACAACGGCACUUGAAAAAGUUUGGUAAACAAGUUCAAGUAGCUACAUUACAAGAAAGAGCAAAGCAGAAAAGAGAAGCAUUGGAUAAAAUCAAAUCUUUGAAAAAGAAGAGAGGUGCCAACGAAAUGAGUAAUGACGAUGAAUUUCAAAUUGCAUUAGAAGAAGCAACUCGUGCAGAAUCCAGCAAUGAUAGAAGCAACAAAAGAUCAAAGCCUAAUCCUAAAAGACUCGCAAAGGAUUCCAAAUUUGGUUAUGGUGGAAAAAAAAGAGGUUCACGUUCUAACGAUGCCAAAUCAUCGGCCGAUAUAAGUGAAUUUUCUGCAAAAAAAAUGAAAGGAAAACUGUCUAGACCUGGUAAGAGCAAGCGUUCAAGAAGACACUAA